UCUUGCCGGGUGCACGUUUAUUUAUAUCAACGCCCUUCACGAUCGGUGCGCUUUCGAAAUAUAGAUCAAGUUUACAAUAGUUAAACGCCCAUUGUUUUGACACGAAAGAAAAUAUAAUAUAGACGAAAAAAAUGGCGGAUUAAUUUUUGAAAUAAACCGUUACUUUUGAAUAUGGAAGUGGACCGUAUUUUGUAUAUUUUCGGUAGCUUUACCCGCAAGAAGCAGGACAAGAGGAAGUCUUUGGAGCAGUUGUCUUUGAGUGCUGGGAACAGUCCCUUACACGUCAAGGGUCCUAGGCGUCCUGCCAGCCAGAACUUGAACGUGGCUCCACGAACUUCAGCGUAUAGCGAUGGAAGAAAGAGCAAGGUGAAGGAAUGGGACUGUGGUAUAUGCAAGAAGGAGCUGGUGGAACCGAGGCUGCUGGGAUGUCUGCACAACUUCUGCACGAGGUGUCUCCAGGAUCUGCAUCAAGAAGGAGAAGCGGAGAUAUGGAGUGAAGUUGAUGGAGGUUCAGUUCAAUUAGAUCCAGGUGGAUCUCGGUCAGGAUCUGGCGCUGGGUCUGCAGGCUCAGGAUAUGAGAGCGAUCUACGUCACUCAGGGUCUGAAGGCAGCUGGGAGCAGAAGCAGCAGCAGCAACAUAAAUAUGCUAUUUUGACUAGAAAGGUAUCAGGCAAAAGCGUCCAGUUCCUUCUAUGUCCGAUCUGUGGACACGAGACACAGUUACCUCUGGGAGGAAUAGCAGCAUUACCUCUCAAUUAUGUGCUGCUCCGCAAGAUGGCCGCUGUGCAGGAUAGCGAGGGAAUCCACGUGUUAUGUGAUCUUUGUAGCAGUGACAAUAAGGCAGAAACCCGGUGCAAUCAAUGCCUGGUCAGUAUUUGCACAUCAUGUGGAGAGGCGCACGGCAAACAGAAGUCAACGGCCCGCCACUCCCUGCAGCCACUCGACCCGGCUCCCGUGAAGUACUGCACUCAGCAUCCGAAGGCUGACCUUAGUGUUUAUUGUGCUACAUGUCAACAGGUUAUAUGCCGAGACUGCUGCCUAGUCUCUCACAGCGGCCACGCCCUAGCUAACGCAUCCCGUGCUGCGGCUGAGCGGGCUCGGCUGCUGCGCGAUGCAGCGGAUCGUGCUAAACUAGUGCCUGAGAAUGUGGAGCGAGCUACUAGGAACCUUAGCGCGCACGCUUAUGAGAUAGACUGUCAAGCAGCCCGCGUAGAGAGUGAGGUCCACGAGUGGGCGGCGCAGUACAGACGCGCCGUGGACGCGCACACGCGCGGCCUGUGUGCGGCCGCCGCGCGCGCCCGCCGCGCGCACCGACACGCGCUCGACCACAGCACCACGGCACUCGGCGACACGGCCAGACAUGCUGCUGAUGCUGUCCGGUUUGCUGAAGAGCUCCUAUCAGAAGGUAAAGAAGACGAGCUCCUAUCGCUCAGUGGACCAGUUCUACGGCGCUUAGAGCGUGUCACAGAAUUGCAGCCGCUGUCGGAGCCUCCACGACUGGAGUUGCGCUUCGCCCCCCGCGCCCCGGCCACACAUGAUCCUACUAUCUUCGGGAGACUACUGGCCCAUGCACCAGAUCCUGAAAUGUGCGUUGUUAAUACUGAAGGUCUACAAGACAUGCGAGUGGACUGUGAGCAUGAGGUGACGCUGGAGCUCCGGGACAACAAUGGUGAACGGAUCUGGUGUGGUGGUGAACAGGUGGCUGGAUACUUCCGCCGCCGUGACUCCAGCGCCCGUCCGAGCAUGGCUCGUGUGACGGACAGUACGGAUGGUACCUACAAGCUCAGCAUCACGCCUCGCUCGCCUGGAGCUUAUCUACUCGCUGUCACUAUUAAUAAUAAGCCAAUUAAGGGCAGUCCAUUCGCGUGCUGUGCCCGAGCCGGCGCGGCGCACUGGGGCACGUACCACUGCUGCGCAUUCUGCUCGUCGGGCGGCCGCCGGGACGCUACCUGUGGCUGUGGAGCUCGGAUGCCGGGAGGAUAUAAAGGGUGUGGGCACGGGCACGCAGGGUGGCCGGGCACGCGACACUGGUCGUGCUGCGGCGCGGCGCGGCGGGACGCGGCCUGCACGCGCGCGCGACCCUCGCGACCUAACACGCAACUGUACCAGUUCUCAUUGUAAUGUUGUUGUAUUAAAUGUCAUG